CCGAGAGCGAGCGAUUCUUCAUUCUUCGCUCAUUGCUCAGCUGCACACCGAGAGCAAGGAGACGGAGCGGCCGCUGCCCGGCACUGUGCUGUGGCUUACUCUGGAGAUUUUUUGGCAUUGUAGAUGAGUGGCAUAGAGCGUGUCAGUCCCCCAAUCAGAGAAGGUGAUCAUCACAGAAAAUUAAUAGUCGUGAAUUGUAUUGGAUCAUCAAACUAGGCACUAGAAUGCUGCUACGUCUGAACAUGCGGAAAGAUUCAAUGGAUUGAGUGCCUUGGAUUGAGACCGUAUUUUACUAUUUCCAUUUCCUUUAAUAUUAUUUGUAUUACAUUGACAACAUGACUUCUGGCAGAUUGGCAACUUUUGGCAAGAAAUUGAUUCGCAGACGAUGCAUAGACAUCACUAGUGAAGAGUCAUGCUUUGCCCGCUGCUUGACCACAUUGGAUCUUAUUGCACUGGGAAUUGGUAGCACCCUAGGUGCUGGUGUUUAUGUACUUGCUGGUGAAGUUGCAAAAGAGAAAGCAGGGCCUUCAAUUGUGCUCUGCUUCCUUGCUGCUGCUCUUGCUUCUGUGCUGGCUGGUCUAUGCUAUGCAGAAUUUGGAGCAAGAGUACCCAAGACUGGUUCUGCCUAUCUUUACAGCUAUGUCACUGUUGGAGAGGUCUGGGCUUUUACAACUGGAUGGAAUUUAAUACUUUCAUAUGUAUUGGGUACUGCUAGUGUGGCAAGAGCAUGGAGCUCUACUUUUGAUGACAUCAUUGGUAAUUACAUAAAAAAUUACUUCAUGCAGAAAAUAAACUUCAAAGUGGAAAACGUCCUGGGAGAAUACCCGGAUUUCUUUGCUCUUUUACUUGUCAUUCUGCUAACAGUGUUAUUGGCCGUUGGUGUUAGUGAAUCAGCACUGGUUAACAAGAUCUUCACUGGUGUCAAUCUACUGGUGUUGGCUUUUGUCAUACUGUCUGGCUUUCUAAAAGGUGAUGUCAAAAACUGGAGUCUUAUGAAGGAAGAUUUUUAUAAUAUCACGAAUGGCAGCCUCAGUCUCCAAGAAUUUGGUUCUGGAGGUUUUCUGCCUUUUGGUUUUAGUGGAUCUGUAUCCGGAGCAGCAGCAUGCUUUUAUGCAUUUGUGGGAUUUGACUGCAUUGCCACAACAGGUGAAGAAGCCAAGAACCCUCAACGCUCUAUUCCAAUUGGUAUCAUCGUUUCACUCCUAGUUUGCUUUGUGGCCUACUUCGGAGUAUCUGCUGCACUUACGCUUAUGUCACCAUACUUUUUACUGAGUAAAGAUAGUCCCCUUCCUGGAGCAUUUAGAUAUGUGGGUUGGAAUCCCGCUAGUUACAUUGUCUCUGUUGGGUCUUUAUGUGCCCUUUCAACAAGUUUAUUGGGUUCCAUGUUUCCAAUGCCACGUGUUAUCUAUGCAAUGGCUGAAGAUGGACUUCUCUUUAAGUUCUUGGCUAGUGUCAAUGAGAGGACAAAAACCCCACUGAUUGCAACCAUUGUUUCUGGUAUUGUGUCAGCAAUCAUGGCAUUCCUUUUUGAUCUGGAUGUCCUCGUGGAGGUGAUGUCCAUUGGUACCUUAUUUGCUUAUUCCCUGGUGGCUGCCUGCGUUGUUAUUCUUAGGUACCAACCAGAGAAGCAGAACUGCUCAUUUAAGAUCUCUGAAAUGGCGGAAUUGAAAAAGACAGAUAAUGAAAAAACAGACAUGGAUCCUCAGGUCACUUUUACUCAAAGUGAUAUGUUCAGCAUCAGACAUCUUCUGUCACCAGGCAGUGAUGUCCCCACCAAAACUUCUGGGCUCAUUGUCUAUUGCUGUGUCUCAGUAAUUGCUAUUUUGUUCAUCUUCAUGUGUUUGAUCCUUGGUCAGAAGCUAACUGAUCUUUUUGAUGGAAGUCCCAUCUGGAUCACUAUCUUUACUCUUCUGUCUUUUGGGUCUGCUGCUUCUAGUUUUGUUAUCUUAAAACAACCAGAAUGUAAAACCCACCUUUCAUUUAAAGUGCCUGCAGUUCCCCUGUUGCCUCUAUUUAGUGUAUUUGUCAAUCUUUAUUUUAUGGUCCAGUUUAGUACGGGAACAUGGAUUCGAUUUUCCAUUUGGAUGGCUUUAGGUUUCUUAAUCUACUUUAGUUAUGGAAUUUGGAACAGCAAUGAGGAACAGAGCUCUAAAGGAAAGGACAAUCGGAAAAACACUGACCUUCCCAGCAAAGCUGCCAAUGAUCACUCACCAACCGUUGUAUAAACACCAUUCUGUUUUACUCCUGCACUCUGAUCAUCUUCAAAUGGGAUGUGUGGACUAUAUUUCAUAGAUGUAAUUAUUUAUAGAAUAGGAAACCAUACCAUUUUCUAAUAUAAUUACAUUUAAAAUGAUGAACACAUACCUUUCUUGUUGCUGUACUGAGGCAUCUGUCUGCACAGUGGAAUAGCAUAAGCUACAGAUUAGUCCUGUGUAAUUCAGGCUAACUGAACGGGGCUAAACAUGGCAUCAUUAUUCUUAAUGUUUUAUUAUGGUUAGUUAAACAACUUCUUUAUUGUGUGUAGUUAUUUGUAUAACUACUGUCUGUCCAUAGGUGACGUCAUAUUAGACACACCUGAUACUGAGAUGUUGCAGUAAGUAUUAUUAUUGUACAAGCGUUCAGUGUAAUUUGUGCCAUUGUUGCUUACUAGAAAGGUGUAACUGCAUCUGUAAGCAGAAUUUAUCUGAAUACAAUUUGAAAUAUAUGUUUAUUAGAAAAGUUUACUUUUUUCUUCUAUAAACGCUAAAACAAUAAAAAGUGGACAACCCCUUUAAGUAAUGGCCAUACAGGUAAACUGUGACCUCCAGAAUUUUGGCUUGUCUAUUUUAUUUUAUUUUUUUCCGUUUCUACAUUCAUUGAUCUGGCAUAAUUUCAGCUUCUAUUUGGUCACAGCUUGACCACACAAUGCUUGUUUGAUACCUAAUAAUUAGAGAUGAGCGAACUUACAGUAAAUUCGA